AUGUCUUUCGCGUACAAGGUGGACGAGUUGCUUGCACUUCGCGACUCGGUGUCGGAAUCAGCUGUGUCGAUUGAGAAGUUUCCUGAUGAGGAUGUGAUCAGAGAACACGUCCUUCGCCCGUCAGCGUCCGCAUCGGCGAAUCUACCUAGCAGAGCAUCAAACAGAAGCUUGCGUGUACCCACUCCAGCCAAUCUUGUGCCUUUCGGACCCCACAAGCGGCCAUCACCCACGCCGUCAAUCAAGCGCGGCAAGGCGGAGAAGCUUCUCAAAGAGCACGGCAGUCCACCCGGUAUACGAGUCACUGCAGGCGGCCGUAUAGUUCCUAGCGACCUUCUACCGCUCGGCACGUCCCGAUACGGAGACGCUACUUACAGACCACCACAACCACCGCUGCGCGUCGCACCAGGAAGCGUCAUGCAAGCACCAACUCACCAGAACUCCAAUAACACCGCUCGCAUUGAAGUUGUCGGCGGCCAGCCUGUCAUCUUCAUUGGCGAUCGCAUGUUCGCACUGCCAGCAGUCAACGCAAGCAACCCUACGAUGCCUCCCACCGGCCCCGCUGCUAUGGACCCCAUAGGUAAGCAGACUCAGGAUCCGUCUACCAUGACCACUCACUGCGCUCUGUCGGGGGCCGCGUUCGGGCCGCCACGCUCCAACACUCAUACACCGUUUGCUGGCUUGGACCUUGCGACUCUCAAGACGCAACAAGCUCUCAAGAAGCAGGAGCUCCGCACUGUAGAACAGACUGAGGUACUGCAAGCCGGUCAGCAGAGCGAGGCGUGGCGUGCAGGUAUGAUUGAGAAGAAACGGUGCCUCAUCGUCGAGCUCGACGCACUUCGAAAGCAGAUAACGGCCGUCGAAUCGGACAGCAGUACGACUCAGCACGGCGCCUUCUCUGGAGCAAAUGGUGCAGGCUCAACAGCUAUGUCGCCUUUCGGAGCGCAAUUCCAGCAGCCGUUUGCUCCUCCCAUGUACCCCUUCGCAGCACCGUACCCGCCCAUGCCUAUGUAUCAACCCCAACCUCAGCCUUUUGGUACAUUGUCCGCCUUCUCUGCGGAGCCACCACCUUUUGUUCCAACCGCGACAAACCCGCCCCAUUCUCCUCCAGGAUCCGCUAACCGUCGCUCUCGAGCUAUCGAAAUCAAGCCACCACCUCCCGAGGAAGUCAAGAAGGGGUCUGCUCUGAAUCCGAAGAGCCCUACGUACGAGCCUGUCAUGAAGUCCGGUACCACCCACGGCACUGUUUCGCCCACUCCCUCACUGGAGAAGCGGUCUCCUUGGCGAGGACAACAGAUUCCAGUGGCUGGCAAACAUGAUCGCCGAAUGUCUUCGCAGAAGCAUAGUCUGUCUAGCGUUGACACCAUGGACUUCUUCCCUACAAACACGCAUGAGCAUUCCUCAACACGAGUAGCGCCACAGAUCAAGGAAGUUGAGCAGUCAUCCAAUGAAAACACUGCAGUACCAUCUACACCCGAGAAACACUGGCCGGCUAGUCCAUGGAACGAAGGCGAUUCUGGUCGUUCCAGGACUAACGAUGUUGCGCCCAAGCUCACCUCGUGGCCUGAGGCAUUUGGUAAACAACCUUCUCUGCAUUCCAUGCGUCAAGGCCUUUUGGAGCAGCCUCUCUCCACUAUGAUAGACCGCGCUCCUGUAAUGGGCGCUAACAUGUCAGUCUCUGCUUCUAGCAGCAACAUGGCGCCGCGGACCAGCUCUACUCAAUGCACCGGCACCGACGAAAACUGGCCUUUCCAUGGCAAGCCCGUAACACAUGUUCCGUCUACAUACCAGGAAGGCUACCAGGCCGGCUACGACCACGUUGGCAUUCCUGACAGUCCCGAGGUUCUACAAGGCUACAUCCAGGGUCUUCUGCACUUCCUCACAGACGAGUCGAAGAAGCGCCAAGCUGAGUAUCGACGCGGUACCGAUUCUAGGACGCCUUCGCUUCGAGGGCUCGUUGCCGGGUCUCUGCCUCACAACUCUGAUGUCGAGAUGACUUUCAACUACAACAACGCUAGCGGAGGCCAGGAGAACAUUCCCAAUCGUGUCGCCUCUGUCACGCAGUAUCUGAACCCUCCGGUGAUGUUCCCUCAGAGGAUGACGGGCAUGCAGGACAAAGGUAUUGUGUCCAGGGUAGACACUACGCCAAACGGCGGCGUGUCCAACCAGUCCUUCGGCAAUCAAACCCAGAAUCGCAGCUACAGCACCUCGCUGAACAUGCAACGCUUCUACCCAACGCCCAAGGAGUUGAGUCCGAGCGAGAUUGGUGGCUACAGCGCGCCUGCUCCUCGGCACUUUGCCAACCAGCGCUUGUCAGGGCUCGAUGGCGCCAUGGACGAUCUGUCGGAGAUGAUCAACGACACACACAUUGAGGAGCGUCGUUCAUCUGUUGCGGUAGACAGCCGUUCUGCCGAAGCGCCCAUGACUGUGGAAUACGAGGAGAGCAACGCAAGCUGCUUCAAGGUGUCCAGCAGCAAAAGCAAACAGAAGGCGCCAUCUUCUCCUGCAAAGGCAUCGGAUAUCGAGCGUGGCACCGAAGCAUCUUCACCCGCCAACCCAGCGAGCUCUCCCAAGAAAUCUGGAGAGCAUUCGCCUGCAAAGGCCAAGCUCGAGCAGGUGACGAACAAGUUCCGACGCAGCAAGAAGGACGAUCCUCGCACCAUGUCUCCAGACGAGAGGAAAACGCGUUCGGACAAGUGGCGACAGCGCUUUCAGCAACUCAAGAGGACCGAGAUCGAUGAGAUAGAGGCGCAUCGUAGGAACUCGCGCACCUGA